UAUCAUACACUCAUCAUCAACGAUUGUUUGGUAAUGGCAACUGACAAAUCUCUCUCUCUCUCUCUCUCAUUCACGUGAAGCCAUGCACGAGUACUAAUCCGACAACCAGCACUAACACCAAAAACAAAGCGAGGUGGCCAAGUGCCCCUUCCUCUGGACCCAUCUCACCAUCACUCUCCAAUCUCCAUACCUCUUCUUCUUCUCCCUUUCUCUCUCUCUCUUCGUGCGUGCACUUCUGCAUGAGCUUGUGAGAGAGUGGUAGCUAGAGAGAGAAUCAGAGAACGAGCAAGAGAGCAGUAGAGAGGAAGGAGAGGAACAAAGAAGAGGAAGAAGAAGGGCAGCUUCCGAUGUGCUGUUACGUGGGCAAGGCCACCAAGAUCUUCCUGUGCCUCGUCACGGCGCUCCUCGUCGCGGGCCUCGUCCUCGGCUUCGGUCUGGCCCACCACACGUGGGGAGCCCGGAGGGCGCAGCCCGUCUGCCGGUGGCCCGACUGCCAGCAGCAGCCCGAGGGGCCCGUGUACGGCAACCCGCUCCUCCCGGCCGCCGGCGCCGCCACCACGCCGUCCAACCCGCUGACCACGCAGCCGGCCGUGGCCGCGUUCCCCGGGGUUGCGUCCUCCUCCGCCACCACGCCGCCCAACCCGCUGACGCAGCCGGCUGUGGCCGCGUUCCCCGGGGUUGCGUCCUCCCCCGCCGCCGCGCCGCCCACGAGCAUGCCGUAUUUUGGGCCGCCUAGCCCGUUCGUGGUGGGCCUCGGCCCGAUAGCUCAUGCAUGAGGCCGAAGUUGUAGUCGGUGGCUGAAUUUUUUUUUGGCAUGUAGUUCUCCGAAAUUUAGCACUUGAUUAUGAUUUAUUUUCAUUUUUUGCUAUUGCUAGUUUUGACUCGUGUAGCUGUACAAUUGGGUAAAUAAAUUACUCUGUCUUGUUCUGGUCGUUUA